UCUGGGUCAGGGAGGAUGAUGUUCCGAACAGGGAUCUGGCUUUGGCUCUGCAUUGGACAAAAUGUUUUAAGAGGAGGAGGACUAAAUUACCAAAAGCAACAUAGAAAAAGUGACUGCUAUCAACUUAACAGGGUUCACUGCUCAUUCGAGGGAGCACAGAACUAUUGCCAUAGACAGGGGGGUCAAUUGAUGACCAUGUGGAAUCAGGACAUUAAAAAUCAUCUCAAAGAUUACCUGGAAGAAGGAAAGAAGUGGUGGAUUAGGCCAGAUUCCGAUCCAUUGAUAAAGAAGAAGAGAAAAGAAGAAGGGAUGAAUUUAAGAGAAGAAUAUAAUGAUUUCCACUUUGUAUGUAUUGAGUUUGAGAUGUUUAUUGGCUAUCCAGGUAAAGAUGUCCCAGAGGCGGUCAGAGAUUUGGUCCCCAAACUGCAGAGAGCUUGUGAGAUCCUACAGAAGCUGAUACAGUUUGCUUCCCCGUUUUCCAAGACAGUACAGACCAAUGCAAGCAGUUCCCUUCCCAACCUGAGUGAGCAGUUGCUGAAGGUCCAGUCUCUGAGUGGAAAUCCUUUCAAACUGAAAGCUCCCCCAACCUUCUGCCCCUUUGAUUCCUUCAACAGUGAAACAGAAGCCUCUGGAGAGAAUGAGGGGAUCCCGCAGGAUAUCCUGAAGGUUGGCGUAGAAUCUUUAGUUACUAUGUCUGAAUGGAGAUUCCUUUCAGUCUGUGGAGAUCCUGGAGGUUACAUGUUCUCUUUGGAUUUUAGAACAUUUCUACCCUGGGAAUCACUCAUCCAGAUGGAAGACAUGUUACAGUCAUCUUUGCUAGCCCUGGGGAAGAUACAAGAAACCCUCCUUCAGGACAACCAACCUUCAAUGAUAAUGACUUCCUCUCUAGCCACUGUAAUGCUAAAAAGGCAAAAUAUAUCAACUUUGUCUUCAAGCUCUUUUACUCUCCAUUAUCCAGCACCUAUGCAUUUAGGCUUCCCAUCAGCCUCUGCUUUGGACAAUCUCCUGAGGAAGAACCAAAGUGUAAACAUUCAAGUUACAGGGCUGGCUUUUAAUCCCUACGAACAUUUUGAUAAGCAGAAUAUUGUUGGAAGUAUUGGAAACGUGUUACUCACCUCUGAUCAUGAAUCUCUUCAAAUCCAAGACUUGUUGGAAGAGGCAGAGAUAAUAGUCUGGAGAGAUGGCAGCAUAGAAACCUAUCCCACUACCUUCAACAUGAGUGCAGACCAUUUUGUGAUCACUAUAAACAUCACUUCCCUAGAGGAAUCUCUGAUAGUCUUGGUAGAACCUGAAAAUCCUCUUUCCAUCACACUUUAUCUUGGUUUCCAGUAUCAACCUAAUAUUACUCAUUUUCAACUAAACAUCACCCUCCCAAAGGAACAGCUAUGGGAUAAAGAUGAGAUGUACUCGUGGGUGCUUUCUCCAGAAAAUCUGCAGCAUGGAACAGGUACCUACCAUAUAACAGCUAUGGUGAACGAAAGCAAGAAGGAGCCAAAGCAGACAUCUCUGGGAUUCUCAGUCACCACAGCAGCCACUCAGUGCUUUUUCUGGGACCUUCACAACAAGACAUGGAAGAGUAAUGGCUGCCGAGUAGGGCCCCAGAGCACCAUCACCAAGACCCAGUGCCUCUGCAGCCACCUGACCUCUAUUGGCAGCUUCUUUAUGGCCUUGCCCAGGACGGUGAACAUCCAAGACACAGUCAUGCUCUUUCAUAGGGUGGCCCACAAUCCUGUCGGAGUGGCCUUGCUAGCUAGCCUUUUGGGAUUUUAUAUCAUUUUCAUUGUAUGGGCCUGGAGAAAAGAUAGAGAGGACAGGAAGAAGAUAAAAGUCACCAUCCUGGCAGAUAACUCCCCCAGCUCUCAAUCUUACUAUCUCAUUCAGGUCUUUACUGGGUAUCGAAGAAAGGCAGCUACAACAGCUAAGGUUAUUCUGAUCCUUUAUGGGUCAGAGGGGCGCAGUGAUCCUCACCACCUGAGUGACCCCCACAAAGUCGUCUUUGAACAAGGGGCACAAGAUGUCUUCCUUCUAACAACCAGAUCCCCAUUAGGGGAGUUGCACAGCAUUCGACUCUGGCAUGAUAAUUCUGGGACCAGUCCAUCUUGGUAUGUAAACCAAGUAAUUGUCAGUGACUUGGCCACAAAGAAGAAGUGGUAUUUCUUAUGUAACUGCUGGCUGGCUGUUGACCUGGGAGACUGCCGACAGGACCAGGUUUUCACAUCAGUCUCAAAGAAAGAACUUCUUUCUUUUAGACAUUUAUUUUCCUCCAUGAUUGUAGAAAAAUUUACCCAGGAGCACCUGUGGCUGUCAGUGGUGACCUGUAGCCCCUGGAACCAGGUCACACGAGUCCAGCGUCUUUCCUGCUGCAUGACAAUCCUUAUUUGUAACAUGGUCAUCAACAUCAUGUUCUGGAAGCUAAACAGCAUGGAGAACAGAGACAUGGAGGACAAAGGACCUUUUGCUGUGACCUGGUCUGAACUACUCAUCAGCAUCCAAACUUCUUCUAUCCUCUUCCCAAUCAAUCUUAUCAUUGGGAGAAUCUUCCCAUUGAUUCAGCGACAAGAGAAGAUUCCACCUCAUUUCAUUCCCAUUCAGGCAGUUUCCAUAUCAGAUACAACUUUAGUAUCUGUAACUACUCAAAAAAUAACUGAGGAGCUGAAGGAAACAGUGGGAUUUUUGCAUUUGAAAAAUGCAUGCUUGCCUUCUGAGUGGGAAGGCUCCAACUGGAGUUCUGACAGUGUUCCAGAUCUCGUCAAGCAGCUGUUCAGCCUCAUUCAUUCUCACCUAGACAGGCAAGGAGGCCGAUGGCAGCAGACAGGGCCACUUUUUACAAAUGCAUCCUCACAUCCAUAUGUGCUUUCAGAGAUUCCAGAAAAUCUCCACAAUUUAAACCAUUACUUGCUCAGAGUCCUGGAGAGGCUGCAAUCCCAAUGCAGGACACUUUUGGCAAGCCCAUCCACAAAGCCGCAUGACUUCCUGGACUCAGCCAGCCAGCUACAAAGCCUCAAGGAGCUUGUGGAGACCCACAUUCUCUCCAAGGCCAGCGGCCCCUGCAGUGAAAUCACGAGUUUCCCUAUUCUGGACUCAGAGGAAGAGAAGCCUGCCCUCUCCAGCUACCUGCCAAAAUGGUCCCUUUAUAUCUGCUGGCUCCUUCUGGGUGUGACAAGUCUGGUCUCAGCCUUUUUCACAGCUCUUUAUAGCCUAAAACUGAACAAAGAUCAAGCAACCAGCUGGGUCAUUUCCAUGGUACUUUCAGUCCUCCAGAACAUCUUCAUAAUCCAGCCAGUGAAAGUGACGAUACUCACAGUGUUCCUCUCACUGUUGCUGACAAGGAUAUCAUGGCACAACAAAGAGAAGGAACAACAGAUGAGAAAGAUCUUGGCUCUCCUGGGUAAUUCCUUCAUAUCUUCCCUCACAUUUGAGCUCAGAAAGGUGACCCAGACCCAGUGCUCCACGCACUAUGGCCACCUAGCUUGUUUCUUUUGCCUCUGUUGUUUUGCUUUUUUUUUUUUUUUUUUUUGGACAGCAAGAUGUCCCUCGUUGUCAUCACCUGGUUUAAGAGAUGAGAACAAUCCCAUUUAUAAAGUCCCUGCUGUGACCAGCCCAGUUAUAAUUCCAGAAAGAACCACGAAAGAGAAGCAACUGUUCCAACUGGCGAGAGAAAUUUUUGUACAAAUCCUCUUCCUUGUAAUGUUGAUGAUUUCCGCUCAUUCAGAAAGGAAUUACAACAGGUUUUACCUCAAUCAGGCCAUCCAGAAGAGAAUUAAUAACCCCUUUGAAGAGAUCAAACGUAUUAAACACUUCUACCAAUGGACCAACAAAACCCUUAUUCCUAACCUGUAUGGGAAAUAUAGAGGUUUUAUCGCUGAAGGAAAUUCCUUACUUAUAGGUAGUGUCCAAAUUCGCCAGAUCCGGAUUCCUGAUGCUGUAUCCUUUCCAAAAAGAAUUUCUCCUAGUGAACAAGUGAAGUUUUAUUAUCAGUAUCAGGAGGAUCAAAAGAAUUAUGGAGUUAACUGGACCCCUCUUGAUCUGAAUGGUACAAAUCAAGAGAGCAUUUGGUGUUAUCAGAAUGAGGAAAUCUUGGGUGGAUACCCUAUCCAAGGGCAGUUUGCAGUCUACUCAGGAGGAGGUUAUGUUGUUACUCUUGGGAACAACUCUAAGGACGCUAACAGAAUUCUUCAGCAUCUGAAACAAAACCAUUGGCUAGAUAGACACACCAGAAGCCUCUUUGUAUCAUUUGUUGUCUAUAAUGCUAACGUGAACCUCUUCUGCGUGGUGACCCUGAUUCUGGAGUCCAAUGGUGUGGGUAAGAGCAGCUUUACUCCCCAGGUGCCCCGGCUGAAACAACAAGGAUGGAAAUACUUCACCAAGAAAGGCAACAUCCUGGACACGAGCAUAAUCUUCAUAACCUUUAUAAUGCUGGUACUCCAGGUGAAGGGUUUUUUUUUGCAUAAAAGAGUUAUGGAUCAGUACCGUCAUAAUAAAAGCAGAUUCAUCAGCUUCCAUGAAGUCAUACAAGUGGCCUUUGUUCUCACUUACCUCCUUGGCUUCCUGGUCUUGCUGACAACUAUUCGGCUCUGGAGCCUGCUGAGGCUCAACCCCCGACUCCAGAUCAUCAGCACAACUCUGAGGAGAGCUUGGGAUGAGGUGGUCGGCUUCUCGCUGAUCAUUCUGAUCCUGCUGACAGGCUACUCCAUUGCCUUCAACAUUCUUUUUGGAUGGAGCAUUGCUGACUACAAAACCUUUUUCAACUCAGCUGUAACUAUUGUUGGCCUUCUGAUGGGGAUCUUUGAUUACCAUGAGGUUAUCACCUUAGACCCAGUCCUGGGCUCCUUUCUGAUCAUCACCAGUGUCGUUUUGUUAGUGCUUGUGAUCGUUAACCUUUUUGUUUCUGCAAUUAUGCUGACCUUCAGCAAGGAGAGAAAGUCCAUUAUGGCACAGAAAGAAGCACCACUUACAGAAAUUCUGCUGCAGAAACUCUCCAAUUUGUUAGGAAUACAGAGGCCUCAAAAGGCGCCAGAGCAAAGAGUCCCAGCAGCAGCAGGCACCAACACGGAAACUGCAGAGAACGAACUAACUUGACUUUCUCUUUCCCCAUCCUUGGCUUUUCUACCAUGGCUGAUUAAUGUAAAGCAUCCCGGUGGUUUUUAUUUUCGCAUGGCAUGGCCUGGGGAAUGACAGUUGCAUGUACCCAUUCUUAUUUACAACUUAACUCUGUAAGAUUCAAUGAAGAAUUAAAGUCACCUCAGCAGUGUGUUCCAUUUA